AUGCAUUUGCUCUGCCGCUCUAUUAGUGGAAAGAUUACCGACCUUGACGUGAAUGAUAGCAUAACAAUCAAACAAGUUAAAGACCAAAUUGCUCUAAUCAAAGGUUUAGAAUCUCAAUUUUUCUCAUUAUUCUACAAAGCAUCAUUACUUUCAGAAAAUACGAUAUUAUCCGAAUUAAAUAUCAAACCAAAUGAAUAUCUCUUGAUUUACAACUUACCACACGAAAAAAUUCAAAAUUUAAUUUCAAAAAGAGAAAUUCCAACACCGAAAGUACAACACAAGAAAUCUAAUAUACCUCCACGCUCCUCUGUAAAGAAACCAAAGAAUUAUGAAAAAAUGAUCUCAAAAUUAGAAAAUCUUGGAUUUGAAAAAGAAAAAUGUAUCAAGGCACUUAUAGCAUCUAGCUAUAAUGUUGAUCGAGCUGCAAAUUAUUUAUUUGAUGAUUCAAUUCCAGAAAUUGGCGAUUUUGACGAAAAACAGUUUGAAGAAGAUUUUAACAAGAUUACUGAAAUUCCAGUUGACGCACCAGCUGAUAUUAUGCAUUUCAAACCAGAAUUCCAGGAAAAUGAUAUUGAAAUUCUUAAUCAUUUGAUUUUGGAAGGCUUCAAUAAAAAGGAUGCUGUACAGAUAUAUAUGGCUUGUGGUCAGGAUAUAAUUCUUGCUAGAAACUUGUUACUUUCUUUUGUUUGA